UGCUCAGGGAAGCAUGCAGCGUAAUUAUAUUGAUUCCCAGCAGUGUUUUGACUCGUUUAUGAUCUUUUGCUUACCACACUUCGACGUGAGGUGUGUCACUUUGAAAUGCAGGAAUGGUAGAAUACCAACAAACACAUGGACAAGUGGAGUCCCAGCAUAAGUUCAAGUCCAACCCAUAUUUAUUUGCUCAAGAGCAACUGAAAAAAAAGGCAAAAUUAGAUAAAUAACUAGACUAUGUCCAUGACGAAUACCAAUAUUGUUACAUUACUCGUUUUCUUUAUUUCUCACCCAAAAAGUUAUUUUAUUUGCAACUUAAAUGUGAGUUUUUCCAUAAUCAACAAAUGUAUUAAUAACAUCAGUCUGUUGUCCAGUGCAGCAGGUCAGAGUCAUUUUCUUGUGGCAUUUUCUUUCUUUUAUAUUCCACAGGUAAAGCCAAGAUUUCACUUCACUGCAUGGUACCACAGGAACAAUGACUGAAUUUCAGGACAAUUCCACAUCUACUCAAGCAGCACACAAUACAGAGGUUGACUUUUACUGUGUUUUUCAAGGAAAAAUCCUGAAAGAAACUAAAUGUCUGGAACACAUCUGAACUACAGUCAGUACAUGUCACCCGGACACCUAGGAAUGGACAGAGUGUGGUUUACUUUUUGGGAUUCAAAAGUUUUUAUCGUCAUCAAUGUUAAAACAUCACCCUUUACUUCCUUGCUUCUCUGCCCACUCACCUCAAGAUUAUUGCUUGUAAAUAUUGAACAUGUAAAUAAGGACCGUUUUCAGAUCCGAUUAUCGGGACAAAUUCCCUCAGAACACACUCUGGACCUGUAGACGUUUGGUAUCAUCAUUCUGGAUAUAUAUGUUAAGUGUGAGGUGUUCAGUGCCCCUGACUGCUCUGCCAUCAAGCACAGUUAUUCUACUCAAACUGAUUCCCCACAAACUACAAGGAAGUGGAACUCGUAACGUAAACGGUGAAAGGAAUCAUUUUCACCGUCAAUCACAUCCUGUUUAACACUCAUGAUGUCUGCAUACAUAAGACAGGCUUGUUUCAAGCUCUUGUUUCUGAGCUCUUGCUUUGGACCUGUCUGGAGUCGUCUGUACUGCAUGUGAAAAAAACACUUUAGUGGCAACGGCAUAAUGGCUAUAAAUCAGUGGAUUCCGAUUUUUCACCCACUACUCAACAGCAGUAACGGUUCAUUCAUAUUUCCUGUACAAGCCAUGAAACCCCCCAAGUGUUUCUCAGUACUGAUGGUAGCCUGCCCUCUGUUACUGUCAUCCGAGUCACUCACUGACUGGGAUUUCCCAUCUGACAAAUCGAUUCAUAAAAUAUAAUAUUCAUGGGCUGCCUUUUUAACACCACUUACACUCAUAAAGCUUUAUUCACUCACAACGUGAUUCAGGACUGUCACUUCAAACUCGUAUGAAGUCAUGUGACAGCUACGUGUGAGGCUUUAGGAUGUGUGUGUUUCAUUGUAGUCUUUGUGAUGCUGGUUUUACUUCAUGAAGAGCAUUGAUGAUGAUGUAAUGAAGAAUGUUGUCUCUGUUAAUGUGAAAUAACCAGAUCAACAAGUUUUUCACAGAGGGAAAAUGCCUGCCAUUCCUCAGUCUUUUAAAGUGUUUCUUAAAUAGAGGGUGUGAUGUGACACUCCCACGAUGGCCUUCUUAUGUAUGGAUUACACUGGAUAACUCACCUUUUGGAGGACCAAAGGACCAAGGACAGCAUGUACCAUGCACUUACCUAUGCAACCAUCCUGGAGAUGCAGGCCAUGAUGACCUUCGACCCCCAACACAUCCUGGCUGCGGGACACACCAUGAAGGAGGCUCAAGCAAUCUGCCAGCGACACCGCAAAAAGUCUGCCUUCUCCAAAGGUUUCACAGAAGAGGAACUCCAUGCUGAGGUCUGCUAUGCUGAAUGUCUCCUGCAGAGAGCUGCACUCACCUUCCUUCAGGACGAAAACAUGAUCAGUUUCAUCAAAGGUGGUAUCAAAGUGAGGAACAGCUACCAGACCUACAAAGAGCUUCACGCCAUCCUCCAGUCGACGGGCUACACUCAUGGAAACGAUCACGGACAUUUUGAAGGAGGCGUCAAGUUGGGAGUCGGAGCCUUCAAUCUUAUGAUCUCCAUGUUGCCUACACGGACCCUGAAGCUUCUGGAGUUUGUUGGUUUUUCUGGUAACAAGGAGUUUGGUCUCCAACAGCUUCUGGAAGGUUCCUCUGAGAGCACCUUCAGGUCCUUCUUAUGUAACAUGUUGCUGCUGUGUUACCACACGUUCAUGAGCUUCAUUCUGGGCACUGGAGAGGGCGACGUGGAAGAUGCAGAGAAACUGCUUCAGCCGUAUCUAAAAAAAUAUCCAAAGGGAUCUAUAUUCUUGUUCUUUGCUGGUCGUAUUGAAGAGAUUAAGGGGAACUUGGAUGCAGCUAUCAACCGUUUCCAGGAGUGCUGCGAGGCCCAGCAGCAGUGGAAGCAGUUCCACCACAUGUGCUACUGGGAGCUGAUGUGGUGUUUCACGUACAAAAGACACUGGAAGAUGGCGUACUUUUAUGCUGACCUGCUCAGCAAAGAGAACGCGUGGUCAAAGGCAACGUAUGUGUACAUGAAAGCCGCCUACCUAAGUAUGCUGUCUAGUGAUGACUGUCUAACCUUUGGGGAGACUGCCGUCACUCUGUUCAGGCAGGUUCCUGGACUGAAGCAAAAGAUUGCCGGCAAGUCUCUACCAACUGAGAAAUUUGCCAUCAGGAAAGCCCGUCGCUAUCUUUCAGAAAACCCCAUCCCUCUCACUGCUGCCCCGCUGGAAAUGAUGUACAUCUGGAAUGGCUACACAGUCAUCGGUAAACAUAAAGACCUGACAGAGAACAUGCUGAGAACCCUGGAUGAAGCUCAGGCCAAGCUGGGGAACUGCGGGAGAAACGAAUUCACAACAGACGACCAGUGUCUGCUGAGUCUUCUGAAAGGCCUGUGUCUCAAACAUCUUGGGCGGCAUGAGGAAGCAGAACAAUAUUUUACACUUGUACUGUGCAACGAGUCCCAGAUCAAGUAUGACCACUACCUUGUCCCAAACGCCCUUCUGGAGCACGGCCUGUUGUGUCUGGAGCAGGGGAGGAACAGUGAAGCCAUCAAACUCCUGGAGGCGGCAAAACAAAAUUACAAGAACUACUCCAUGGAAUCAAGGACACACUUCAGAAUCCAAGCUGCCUUGCACAAAGCCAAAGGCGUAAAAGAAAACGGGAUUCACGUCCCCUCCAGUCCAUAGCAGAAGAACUGAGACUUGUCCCGUCUCCAAACACACCACACGGUUUCAUCCCAGUCUGUCUCGGUGUCUGAUUCCUUUUUGACCACAGGAGACAGGCAGGAGUUGAAUUGUUUUGCCCGUGCAUUCAACACCUGCUGCUAUUUAUCUGGGCUCGAUGGGACUCUUUGCCACGCCGUCAGACGUUACUCAUCCUCGCGUGGUUUAAAGUCCAAAAUGAAAAUGUGCCUUUUUAAACUGUAUGUCUUUAAUAUAGAAAAAAGAGAAGCAGCGUACAUCUCUGCUAGAGAGGGCAGCCACAAUGCCACUGUUUUAUUUAAGACAGUUUUCUUUGUUCUUUUUUUGUUUGUUGUUGCUGAUCCCCAAAACUGCAGAUAAAUAACUUUAACUUGACCUGCUCAUCACUGUUUGUGGACACUGGCCCUGUUUAUCACACGAUUGCUGAUAAAGAUCUGAGCAGUGUGACCUCACGUGUGGCUCUACAUGAGCCUUGUGUGGUCAUGUUUCCUCCUACGCUGGCUCAAAGUAACUUCCUGUCUCCAAACACAAAAUCUAGCAGAUAUUUGUUCUAGAGAUACCAGGCAAAGAGAGCGCUUUCUCCUAGCUGUGAGUUGGUCGGCAAACUGAGCAAACUCGUGAUCGUCACUGAUCUGAUCAAAGUUUGACAAUACUUCCGAAAAACCCCCAUCUGUACACAACUCAAUGUACUCAAACCAAUACUGAAUCCAAGUGUCUUGUAUUUAAACUCCAUCCGACCUGAAUGAGAAGCAGGCCACCCGUGUGUGUGGUUUUCAUAUUUUUGCAUUAAAAUUAUUUGGGGUGCCUUUACACACAGUUAUUGUAUUUUUAUUAUCUGAUAUUUAUCUGAGGGUGAAAGAAGUGGCCGUGUGUAGGAGAACCACUGUGUGGGGUUAAAACCCAAACCUGAAUCCAAAGAGAAACCCACCAGUUCCAUGCUUGAAAAGUUACCACGUUACAUCAUUUUUGUCAACAAAAUGUAAAAUGUUUUAUGUGAGACGAUUAUUCCUUUGGUAUCAAGGCACUUAAAGGCAAAUGAAAAGCCUCUCAGUUCACCUUUGAUUUGGCUACGCAAGAGAUGAUACAUUUGUCUGUUGCAAGUCUUAAGUUGAUGAGCCUCUGAUAUCAAAGUGUUGUGUGUGUUGAAUGUUUUCUAUCCCUUAUCUCGCUGUCCGAUGGGCUGACCUUCGUUUGAGUGACUGCUUCAUGAGCUCCGUCUUCUCGGAUGAUGUGUCUGAUGAAUGCUAAGAGGGCCGUUUUCAUUGGUGCAACCCACAUGCUCGAGUGUAUUGACCAUCCCACAACAGCAUGUUCCUCACAAAUGUUUUAAAGCAGUAAAAAUAUUUGCUACAGGGAAUGGAGUUUCAACCAAACACUAAUGUCCUUCAUCCUUGGAUGGCUCCUAAGAGGGGGUCACCACAUCCCCCUUUCCUCAUCCCCUAUGUAUGUCAGCUGUCUUCAUCUGUUUCCAAGUCUUUCCAAGAACAGGGAGCUUCAUCUUCAUGUCGUCUUGUAAUGUUUCAUCAAAGUCAUCUCCAUUUGUCCCAUUUUUCAAGAACAAAACUUGAGUGAGCACCUUCUAGUUGAAGCAGACUUACACAUUAAUCUCCUACUGGAUGUGAGCCAUAUUACAUGUCUGUGACACGAUACAAAGUGUGACAAUAAUUGGACAUAAACGGUACUGUUGCCCAAAUGUGACAUUACAUCUGGCAACUGUGUCAACUAUGGCAUUGUUACAGUUGUGGUCUUCCCACAGAGUGUUGUAUAUAGGUCAGCCAUGUCAACCCUCCGGAGGUUUAGUUGAGGUGUUUUAAAAAGUUGUCCUGUUUUAAGAGGACAGAUGAAUGUGUCUUUUAGAAAGGCGGACUUCCUUCUUUUCUCCUCCCGGUGUUUGGGAAGAACUCCAGCAGCACUUCAGCUGAGACACACGGCCUAUUCACACUCAUUCAGGAAGGACUCUGUGUUCUUUGGCGUGCUCCAUCUUCAGCAAUGUUAAGAGCGUGAACCACAAAUACUUCCUGCUUUCUGAGGAGCUAAUUAUCAUCCCUACCGUACUAGAAUCAGCAGUAAUCUCUUCACAAUAUCAAUGGCGAAUUACAUGAUAUUCUGUUUUGUCUCACUAUUCAAUGAAUGACGGACGCAGACUGGUACUGUUUCAGGUGUUGAGUACAAUUGAGUUGAGGUUCAACUGGAGACUUGUAUAGUGGUGUGGUGUGUUUACAAUAGUGCACAAAAAGAAUAACCAACAACCCCGAUCCCCUUGUUUUGAUAAUCUAGACAAUUUGGUGGCAUUGAAAUAUUUAUCAUCAGCACAUUCUGAGAGGAAAUCAUGUACAUAUAAA